AUGGCGUUGCGUAUUGUCAACUAUCGCACGGUUGCGAAGGGACACGUGGUGCUGGUGUUGCUGGUACUGCUGCUGUUCCAAAGCUGCCGGCAUCGGGCACAUGGACUCGCACCGACAGUACCGUCUACCGGCCAGACGAAGAUCAUGCUGAAGGAGAGCCUGCUGAUACCGUCGAUGGACCCGGAGAAGGAGGCCAAGGCGAUGUACGAAAAGGCGCUGCAGCAGUACGGCAUCUACGGCAAAACGUUGAAGGAAAUCUGCCGGUCGUGGGUCACUCGCGGUUGCCAGUGUACGGGAACCAAAGAGGAGGUGUCGCUCGUCUGCCGUGGUAUCGGUCUCGAUGCUGUUCCGGUCGACCUGCCAACGGAGCUCGUCAAACUAGAUCUAAGCAACAACAACAUAACCAACCUACCAAAUAAGUCAUUCGACAUGCUGCCAAAUCUGGAGGAACUCGUCCUCUCCCACAACAAGCUGGAGCACGUCAACAGCGAGUCGUUCUUCGGCCUGUCGAGCCUGAAGAAGAUCGCGCUGCAAAACUGCGGCCUGACGCGCGUACCGGCGGAAGCACUACGACGCAUCCGGACGGUAAUCUCGCUCUACCUAGACAACAACCUAAUCGCCGACAUGGAGAACGUUACCUUCCGGGGGUUCCACUUCCUGAAGAGCCUGAGACUGGAAGGCAAUCUGCUGCAGCGGGUUCCGACGGACGCGCUGAUCGGACUGAGAUCAUUAGAAGCUUUAAAUCUAGGAAAUAACUUACUUACAAUAAUCAGCGAAAGAGAUUUUCCAGUUUUGGAUAGUUUAUACAUGUUAAUAUUAAGAAGAAAUCAAAUAAGUGAAAUUACUUCCGGUGCUUUAACGAACCUAACACGACUCAAAGUUUUAGAUGUAGAUGAUAAUAGCUUAAGCUCCGUGCCUGUUGGCCUCGAGAACCUAAUGAUGCUGCAGGAAAUCUCGGCUUCCGGCAAUCGCAUCCGGUGGAUAUCGAAGGGCGAUUUCCCCAAAAAUCUAGUCUCGCUGGAUCUGAAAUCCAACCCCCUGGUCGGGAUCAAACCCGGCGCUCUGCAGAACAUGCCACGGCUCCGAAAGCUCAUUCUUUCCGACGUACGCGGCCUCAAUGAACUACCUCCACUGGACGGAUGCACUUCGCUCGAGGUGCUGCGGCUGGAUCGGGCUAACUUGUCCAAAAUACCUGAUCAUAUUUGUAAGACUUCACCCCGCUUGAGAAGCUUGGAUUUGAAAUCCAAUAUAUUGUUAAGCAUUCCAAAUGUAACAAACUGUCGUGAUUUAAGAUUGCUGGAUUUAGCCAGCAACAGGAUAAGCUCGCUGCACGGUGCUCCGUUCUCUAGUCUCAGCCAGCUGCACGAUCUGCUGCUUUCGAACAAUGAAAUCGAAUCUAUUCCGCACGAUGCAUUCAUCGGACUGGCCCGUCUGCAAGUGCUAGACAUGGAAUCGAACCGGGUUUUCUUCAUCCACGCGGACGCGUUUCGACCGCUGAAAAAGCUGGAAGACCUGAACCUCGGCAACAACCUAUUUCCUCAGCUUCCGACGGUCGGGUUGGAGCGGUUGCUGCACCUGAAGACGUUCAACAAUCCGCACCUGCGCGAGUUUCCACCGCCCGAAGCGUUCCCUCGCAUUCAGACGCUCGUCCUCUCGUACGCCUACCACUGCUGUUCCUUUCUGCCGCUCACCACGGCCAUACCGAAAGUUCCUAACACCUUCAACAUCCGCGAAAACGUCCUUUUUCCGACCGACAACGAGUUCGACAUGAGCCUGUGGAACAACAGCUACAACGAUAUCUGGCCGCAGUUGCAUAAUCUGAGCAAAAAGUUCGGCACACAGAUCAACGACCUGCUGAAUGCGUACGGUGCCGAGUACGGAAGCUAUCCGGGUGGUCACGUGCCAACCUUCCCGGACGAGUACUUUGAGGACGAGCUGGGCAUAACCCACGCAUCCCCGACAGCCCAGCCGGGUGCGAUCCAGUGUCUCCCAGAACCAGGACCGUUCCUGCCGUGCCAGGACCUGUUCGACUGGUGGACACUGCGUUGCGGUGUGUGGGUCGUGUUUCUGCUCGCAAUGCUCGGCAACGGUACGGUCGUGUUCGUGCUGAUCUUUUCCCGCUCGAAGAUGGACGUGCCGCGGUUCCUGGUGUGCAACCUGGCCGCGGCCGACUUCUUCAUGGGCAUCUACCUCGGUUUCCUGGCCGUGGUGGACGCCUCGACGCUGGGCGAGUUCCGCAUGUACGCGAUCCCGUGGCAGAUGAGCGCCGGCUGCAAGCUGUCCGGGUUUCUGGCCGUGCUCAGCUCGGAGCUAUCGGUGUACACGCUCGCGGUGAUCACCCUCGAGCGCAACUACGCCAUCACGCACGCGAUGCACCUGAACAAGCGGCUAUCGUUGCGGCACGCCAGCUACAUCAUGACCGUCGGCUGGACGUUCGCCAUCACGAUGGCCGUCCUGCCGCUGCUCGGCGUGUCCGACUACCGCGUGUUCGCCGUGUGCCUGCCGUUCGAGAUCCAGAAGGGCACCGGUAGCCUGGCGUACGUCGUAUUUCUUAUGUUCAUCAACGGAGUGGCCUUCCUCAUCCUGAUGGGGUGCUAUCUCAAGAUGUACUGCGCAAUACGCGGCUCGCAGGCCUGGAACUCGAACGACUCGCGCAUCGCCAAACGCAUGGCACUGCUCGUCUUCACCGACUUCAUCUGCUGGUCACCGAUCGCAUUCUUCUCGCUGACCGCCGUCUUCGGGCUGCACCUGAUCUCGCUCGAGCAAGCGAAGGUGUUCACCGUCUUCAUCCUGCCGCUCAACUCCUGCUGCAACCCGUUCCUGUACGCCAUCCUCACGAAGCAGUUCAAGAAGGACUGCGUGUUGAUCUGCAAAGCGAUCGAGGAGUCGCGCGUCACGCGGGGUAUCGGUCGCUGUCGGCACAGUUCCAACUUCAGCAACCGGCAUACGCCCGCCAACACCAACUCGCUGGUGGAGCGCUCUUCCAAGGAGCUGCCACCACUGCUGCCCGGUCAGACGUGCAACUGUUCCGCCAAGCUGAUGGAGCAGGAAUCCGCUCGGUUGCGGUUCCAUCAUCAUCAGCAGCAGCAACCGCAGCAUCACCUGCGUCAGGGUGUACUUGGGCGCACCUGGCGACGGUUGGUCUUGUGCAACUGGGGAACGGCAGGAGAUCGACAACGACGCCGAGGUGGUCGGAAUGGCGAUCAGUACGCGUACCAGAUCGCCGAGAUCCAGCAGAAGCAACACAAACGGGCCGGUUCCGUUUCAUCCAGCGAGAACUUCAGCUCAUCGCGAUCGGACUCGUGGCGGAAUGCCCAGCAUCACUGUGGCAUUCCGUUGCGGUUGUUGGAUCCGCGCCGCCGACACACGUCGUGGUUGAUCACGCGCAAGACGUCACAGGAUUCGAACUUGUCCAGCUCGCGGAACGACUCGUCCGGAUCGACCGCCACGCAGAGCACUGGCACUUGGCGCAUCUCGAGAUCGAGUGGUAGCACCUCGGUGGUUCUACCGGGUGUGCGGGUAGAUGGCGUCGGUCAUCCUGUUUCCGGCUCCGCUCGCCAAUCCAUCCCUGGUGGUAAACCACGACUCGUUCGUCAAUCGGCCGUUCAGGAGGACACACAGGAGUUGUCCUGUUCACCGCCGCGCCUCGGCGUACGUUUCCUGCCCACGAUCCCGUCCGCGGCCGACAGCAGCGUUCAGCUGGACGACGAAACAGCGGAAGCGGCCAGUCCGACCUCAAGCCAAAGCGGCAUCCAGCCAGCCCCCGCCCCGUUCUAUGCCAUCCUGCACGGUAGCGGCCACCCUCAGGCAACCGUCUCUAGUCUUAAAGAUAAAACCAAACCCCCGUGA